GUGGCGGCGUUGUAGGUCACAUGAUCAGUGUAGUGCACCCGCAGCAGCAGCGCUGUCCCGUCUGCGCUCAUUCACUUACAGAGACAGAGAAACACAUGAGGACUGCCAAACCUGCCAACACUGGACUAUGACGAACUCCUUGAUUCUUUUACGGGCCGAAUCAACAGCAUUCCGACUGUUUUAUUGUUUCAUUACUGAGGAUUAACCCUUAAGAUUUAAUAGAAUAUUUCUAUUUUUAUAAUAGUUUUCACGUCACCUGAAUAAUUUCCUGCACCGGGAAACUUUUAGAGACUUGCCGGGACAGUGACUAUCGCUCUGAGAGAUGGAGGCAGAGGAGAAUAAAAUUUCAGUGUGGGUUUGUCGCGAGGAGAAGCUCGUCUCGGGCUUGUCGAAGCGCACGAGCUGCGCGGAUGUGAUCCGGGUGUUACUGGGGGAGCAGAACCUGGAGCAGCGCGUGUCCCUCUCGGGCUCUCCUCAGUCCUACUGCAUCGUGGAAAAAUGGAGAGGAUUUGAACGGAUUUUACCAAACAAAACCAAGAUAUUGCGACUGUGGAGCGCGUGGGGAGAGGAACAAGAAAACGUCCGGUUCGUGUUGGUGAAAAACGAGGCGUCUUUACCCAGCAACGGGCCGCGGAGCGCAGAGGCGCGCGUCGUUCUCAGCAAAGAGAGCCCGUGUGUCUACAAGGGGACCGCCAGAGUGACCAUGGCUCUGUCACAGGAGAAACAGAGACGGAUAGUCAGGAAAGCGUUCAGAAAGUUGGAUAAAAUCAAUAAGAAAAGGGCGCAGGCUGCGCCUAAAGAUUCCUCAUCCAUGGAGAAGAUGGAGACCCUUGUGCACCUGGUCGUUUCUCAAGAUCACACCAUCCGCCAGCAGAUUGAGAGGAUAAAAGAGCUCGACAGGGAAAUAGAAAGGUAUGAGGCCAAAGUUCAUUUUGAUAGAAUGAAGAUGCAUGGGAUCAACUACGUCCAGGAUACGUAUUUAGUGGACGCCAACCCUGAUAAAGUUAGUGAGGGGGACAAAACGAGCCCAGAAGCAGAUCUCGCCCAGUUUGAGGAAUAUGUUCAGAGAUGCGAGGAGGUCAUCAAACUGCAGGAAGAACUGUCUAAACACGAGGCCCUCAUGGAGAGCAUUACAACUGAGAUUCAAGAGGAACUCAACCAGAGGUGGAUGAAAAGAAGACACGAGGAACUCGCGAAUAAAGAGUCUGAAACCACUUCUGGCGAGACGUCUCUCAGAGUCACAACUCGAGAAAAAGAUGAUGGACCUUCAGCGGUGGAUGUGUCGUCUGACAACGAGUUGCUUCUGGAAGAAGAGAGGAUCAGAACCCAACUUGACACCAGUUUGUACAUCGGUCUGCGGCUGAACACUGAUUUGGAGGCCAUAAGGAAUGAUUUGGACUUGACCCAGGAGAUAUGGGGAGCGAAAGAGAAAGAACUGAGGGAUUUAAUGGAGAAAGUCAACUCUGUGGAUUUUGAGGAGGACGGUGAGGCCGAUGCUGAGCUGAAAGAGGAAAACACAAUAGAAACAGACAGAUUGAUGCCGCUCCAGGGGGACAGUGUGUGGGUGGAGCAGGCAAGAGGGCUUUCAAAAACAUGUGACGUGAAUGAUGACGACUCAGAUACAGGACUCAGCUCAAUGCAUAGUCAAGACUCAGAUAUCACACCCAUCUGCGAAUCUUUAGUGUAAAAAAAAAACACAGCCUAAUAUUAUCUGUUGCUGGAUAGUUGAAAUGAACAAUGUAACUCUUAAUAUAACAAAUUUUACAUUUGCAUACAGUAAACAAGCAUAAAGCGGAAGCGAACAGGAGUGCUGGGAAUGUAGAAUGGUACUUUGCUGCAAAUCAAAAUGAAUUACAUUAUCAAAUCACAUUAAGAACAUAACUAUGCACUUGUUGAGCAUUCUUAGUCAUUUCUUUUUUUUCAUGUUGAUGUCUAUAAGAAUAUACAGUAGCUUAUUUCUGCAACUGAAUAAAAAAAUAAAAAUUGCAACAAAAAAGUCUGGCGGAAACAAAAAACUGAAUUUUGAGAUGUACAGUAAACUGAGAUAAAAGUCAGAAUUGCAGGAUGUAAACUUUGAUCAACUUUGAAACUAAUUUGAAUAUAAAAAGUCACAAUUACCGUUUUUUUCAUGUUGAAAAAAAAAAUAGAAUUUUGAAAUGCAAAUUCAGAAUUCUAAGCAAAAAAGUCAAAGAGAUGUAAACUCAAUUGUGAGGAAGCCAGAAUUGUGACAGAAAUAAGCUUCCAAGAAUCAGUGUUAACUUCAUACAUGUAUUUGUGGUUAUAGCACUGAUAUUUUGAGAAAAAAAAAUCAUGCAGGAUUGAAAUCUCUGUGGUUGGAUUUUUCUGCAUGAGGCAGUAUGAUGGAGGCACUCCAACAUUACGAAGGCUGUGCUUUACAGAUCAAUUUUACAUUACAUUAUGGUUUAUGGAUAACGAUUAGCUGUUUAAAGCUGAGUGUGUGAUUUCUGUGCAUCAUCAAAUGAAUUUUUUGAAAUAAUCUAAAUGUUUUCAGACUGAUUUUUUCCAAAUAUUUAAUCAUAUUUUAAUAGAUGUUUUGGCCGUGCAAAAUCAUGAAAUGAGCAUGAAAUAAAAAUGGCUUUGUCUGUUGCCAAUCUGCAUUGUCGUGACAUUUUCAUCGAGCUCCAGAGUGCUUAGUCACAUGGUGCUUACUCCUCAAGUGAUUGGCUAAAAAAACCUGAUUGCAGAACCCAUGAGCAGAAUUGAUGGCCAGUUUGAAAUUACAUUAUACACUUCUGGGGAAAUGGUGGCCAGCCAAACAAUAGCCUUUUUGAGAUGAUUGGGUGAAUGGAUAAUAACAGAUAAUUUAUUAACAUAAAAGUAUUAUAGAUUUACUUGACAGAAUUUUAACAUUAAUGAAGCACACUUCAGCUUUAAGUUGCAUUAUGGUAUUGCUUAAGCCCAAGAAAGGUACAGUAUAGUUAUGUAUCUGGGUAAACAAAUUUGAAUGACUGCAAGAGACCUUUUUUCAGUAAACCUUAGCAAGUGGUGAUCUGAAGAGCUUAAUGUUACAGAAUUUACUGUUAUUAUUAUUAUUAUUAUUAUUAUACUGUUUUUAAUAGAGAAUCAAUGUACUUAGAAUUGAACAGGUGUAACAUAUGUGUAAUAUGAGACUCUAUCAUAAAAAAUGUUGUCAUAUAAUCUAAAAUACGGAGGAAUGCUUCAUUUAUUGUUUUUUGAAACACAUCAUCGUCUCACAAAACAAUAAGCAAUUAAAAAAGAAAGAAAAAAAAAACUACCGACCACAAAUUUUUGAAUGGUAGUGUAUGUG